AUGCGUUCUUAUAAUGAUGAGACAACCAUCGAAGAGGUUGCAGCGGACCUCAGGACGCAAAUUACCGGCAAGACUAUUUUCCUGACUGGGGCAAGCCCCAAGAGUCUCGGCGCGGUCUUUGCAACUGCUAUCGCACAGUACCAGCCAGCAUGUUUCAUCCUGGCCGGCCGCGAUCUUGCCAAGUGCGAGGAAGCAGCACAGGCAAUCAAAGCGAAAGACCCAUCCAUCAGAACCCAUAACGUUCAUCUGGACCUCGGAUCGCUGGGUCAGGUCCGAGAAGCGGCUGAGAGAAUCAACUCCCUCAAUGAGAAGAUUGAUAUAAUCGUUAACAAUGCCGCCGUGAUGGCGUGUCCAUACUCCAAGACCGUCGAUGGCAUCGAGAGUACGUUUGCGAUCAAUUAUCUUGGACACUUCGUCCUCACAAACCUCCUUCUACCGGAUAUGCUCGCUAGGGGCCUCCCUAUUCGAGUUGUCAACAUCUCCAGCGAAGGUUGUCGCUUCAGCCCAGUACGAUUUGAGGACCUAGACUUUGGUCAAGGCAAAAACUACAACCGAUGGCUCUCGUACGCGCAGUCCAAGUCGGCGCUGAUGCUGUAUACCAAAGCGUUGGCAGAUAAACUCGGACACCGGAACUUGACCGCUGUCAGCCUUCAUCCAGGCGUGAUCAUGGACACCCAUCUAGGCAGAUACAUGGCUGAUGGAGAUUUUCAUGAAUUGAAUGAACUGGACCACCAGCAGGGCAACACGAAGUACUGGGUUUGGCCCAAGUUCAAGACGCCAUCUCAGGGUGCAUCGACCUAUGUGGUUGGGGCAUUCUCACCCGACCUGAAGGAUCUGAAUGGCGCGUAUCUCGCUGACAGUGCAGUGGUAGACAUUAAGGAGGUGUACUGCUGGACCCGGGAUGCCGUGGAUGCGGAUCGUCUGUGGGCACUGAGUGAAAAGCUCACAGGGCAACAAUUCGUUUUUGAGUAA